CGGUGUGAAGCGUUUGACUGAGAGCAAGUCCGCUGUGGAUUUUUUGGGGGGGAGUUCAUAGCUGUUUAUUGUUAUUAUUAUUUGCGCAUCCUCUCCUUGGCUGCCGUGAUUUUGGGGACGUAAACAGAGACAUGGAUUACUCUUUCUGUGUAUUAUUUCUCUUGACAACCAUUCCGCCUGUGUCGACCGGAACAUUCCCACAGGCUUAUAUGGUAAAGGAAUGGGUGGACAAGAUGCAAAAAGAUUUGAUCUCUUUAAUAGACACAGCAAGUGGCUUGCAGAGCCUCGUACAGAUAUAUCAUAAACACAGAACUCACUUCAAGGUGGAGUCAAACGAUGCUAGGAACCUGGUGGCUAAAGCUGCUGGGGAGAUAGAGAGUCUGCUGGCUCGCCGCUCUGAAGCCCUAACGAGAAUGGCAAAUGCGGCAGAAAAUUUUCAAAAGGAGCACCAGUGGAUGGCCGACAGUGAGGCCAGUAAAAUUGUUUACUACAAUGCCAAAGAUGGAAUAAAUCAGACAGAGGCAGAGGAAAAAGAAGAAGCCUCAGAAAAAAAACCAGAGGAAAGAACCAAAUACAUUCCAGAUGAUUUCGAGAUAGACCCGGACUUCAAGCGACUCGUCUCCUACAACACCACCGCUGUCCAUAUUCCUAUUGAUUUAUAUGAAGGCUCUACCAUCAUUUUGAAUGAGCUAAAUUGGACAGCAGCCUUAGAGGAUGUUUUCCGUAAAAACAAAGAAGAAGAUCCCUCUCUGCUCUGGCAGGUGUUCGGCUCUGCUACUGGGAUGGCUCGGUACUACCCAGCAUCACCUUGGAUCGACACAAGCAAAUCCCCUGAUAAGAUUGAUCUAUACGAUGUGCGCAGACGGCCGUGGUACAUUCAGGGGGCAGCGUCACCCAAGGACAUGCUGAUCCUGGUGGAUGCGAGUGGAAGCGUAUCAGGUCUCACCCUCAAACUCAUCAAAACAUCAGUCAGCAAGAUGCUGGAGACCCUCUCUGAUGAUGACUUUGUGAACGUGGUUUCUUUCAACAAAAGUGCCAAGUCUGCAGCAUGCUUCAACAACCUGGUGCAGGCCAACAUGAGGAACAAGAAGAUCCUGAAGGAAGCUGUGCAGAGAAUCAAAGCUGAGGGUAUCACCAACUACACCAGCGGCUUUGAGCUGGCGUUUGGGCAGCUCGCGCAGAUGAAUGUGUCGAGGGCCAACUGUAACAAGAUCAUCAUGCUGUUCACUGAUGGAGGAGAGGAGAGGGCAGAGGAGAUCUUUGAAAAAUUCAACCAAAAGCGAGCGGUGCGCAUCUUCACUUUUUCAGUAGGUCAACACAGCUACGACAAAGGACCGAUAAAGUGGAUGGCCUGCUCUAAUAAAGGUUAUUACUAUGAGAUCCCAUCAAAAGGUGCCAUUCGGAUAAACACUCAGGAAUACUUGGAUAUUUUGGGUCGACCUAUGGUCAAAGCUCCAAAAAGAAACAUAGAAGUUCAGUGGACCAAUGUCUACCCAGACGCACUGGAGCUUGGCCUUGUGAUCACUGGAACUCUCCCUGUCUUCAACAAGACUAGCUUAGGCGCAAAGAAGUCUCCAAAUCAGCUCAUCUUGGGGGUUAUGGCUGUUGAUGUUUCCCUGGAAGAUAUCAAGAAAAUGACUCCUCGGUUUACAUUUGGACCAAAUGGCUACUACUUUGCUAUGGAUCCAAAUGGAUAUGUGUUGCUCCACCCUAAUCUUCAGCCAGUGAAUCGUACAUUUGAUGAUACGGUAACACUCGACUUCCUGGAUGCAGAGCUUGAAAAUGACAUCAAAGUGGAGAUACGAAGGAAAAUGAUUGAUGGCAAAACAGGGAGUCAAACAAUAGAUACACUGGUGAAAUCCCAAGACGAGCGCUACAUUGACCAGGGUCGGAGGAUGUACACCUUUGCACCAGUGAAGAAGACCGACUACAGCCUGGCCCUGGUCCUCCCUGAGUACAGCAUGCAUUACAUCAAUGCUACAAUCGGUGACACAAUCACCCAGGCAAAAUCAUUUCUGGGGAAAGAUGUUUCAGAGAGCAUGUUGGUAGACAAGUUUGACGAAUAUGGCUAUACAUUUAUUGCUCCAAGGAAUUACUGUGAUGACUUAAAUCCUCCUGAUAAGAACACAAACAACACAGAGUUCCUUAUCGAGUUUAACAAGUACAUUGACACAAAGACUCCAAACAAUGACAUGUGUAACCAUCUGGUGAACCGAUUGCUGCUGGACGCUGGUAUCACCACAGAUCUGAUCAAGAUCUGGAAAGGAACUGAAGUACAUCACAGUGUCACAGCCAGAUUCGUUGCCACUGAUGGAGGGAUAACGCGGGUCUACCCCAAAAGUGCUGGACUGGACUGGACAGAAGAACCAGAAACAUACGAAUCAAGUUUCUAUAAGCGAAGUUUGGACAAUGAUCUCUACAUCUUUACUCCAAAACCCUUCACCAAACAGAAAGAACAAAGAGAGAACAGCAGCUUUUAUGAGCAAGCAAGUGACGACCAAAUCCUUGUGAGUAGAGCAGUAAACCUCAACAUUGAUAAUAUCACACUCAAACCAGCUGUGGUAGGCGUGAAGUUGGACAUCAAUGUGUGGAUGGAGAGCUUCAUCAACGCCACAUCCAGAGUGAAUUGCAAUGAUGAAAUCUGUGGCUGUGAGAGAAAUGAUCAGUACAUAGACUGUGUCAUCCUGGAUGACGGAGGAUUCCUGGUGAUGUCCAAUCAAGAUGAGUACAUUAGUAAGAUUGGAGGCUUCUUCGGAGUCAUUGACUCCGACCUCAUGAGAGAACUGCUCAAUUCGUCCCUAUACAGCUAUAAGAGUACUUAUGACUACCAGUCGCUCUGUACCCCCAAGCAAGCAAACAAGAUGUCUGCAGGCCCACGAUCCGUCUACGUGCCCACAAUAGCAGAUAUACUGAAUUUAGGAUGGUGGGCCACAGCUGCAACCUGGUCACUGGUACAGCAGUUAAUGGUCAGCAUCACACUCCCAAGUUUUCUGGAUGCAGCUGAAACGGAGGAUGAGGUGCCAUUUACGAUGACAAAGGAGCCCUGCAUCACAGAGCAAACUCAGUUCUUCUUUAAAAAUGAUGACAUGACUGUCAGCAAUUUAUUCGAAUGUGGUAACUGCUCCAGGUUCUACCAUGCGGAAAAGCUGCCCCAGACAAACCUGGUCUUUAUCAUUACUGAUGCAAAACACACCUGCAAGUGUUCUGACUCAAAAUUGAUACAGGACGAGCAUCAGUCUGAUGGUCCUGAUCCCUGCGUAAUGGCUCUCAGUCCUCGCUACAGGAAGGGACCUACAUUUUGUUUCGAAGCUAGUGAUCAUUACCAGGAGGACCCUGACUGUGGCGGGGUGUCCGCACUGAGCCCGUCUUUAUGGCUAAUGGUGGCCCUUCAGAUGUUGUUGCUCUGGGUUGUGACUGACUCCAGACACCACGCCAUCCCAUCAUGACCUCUGAACAGCCCCGUAUCACUGCUCCCUCCAGAUCACUAACAUGGCUACCAGCAUGCAGCGCUGCCACCGAAACGAUGACAUCCAAUCAGAAGCGCUUGUGACAAAGAUUUAAAAAAAAAAAAAAAAAAACUAAACCUAAGAACCACAAAAUUGUUUUUUUUUUUCUUUUCUUUGUUUUUUGGUUGUUGUUGUUCUAUUUACCUUCAAGGAGGUUCUUUUAGUGGUUUCACCAGGUUACAAGAAGAUAAACAUUUGAAUCCUGAGGAAGAUGUCCACCUACAACCAUCCCGUGUUGCUUCAGUGGUCCCCGCCAGCUGAGAUUAGAUUAAUCAAGAGAUUAAUUUUGAUUGGCAACUUCCGAACUUUACCCAACUCGAUGUCAUUGGUGAAAGAGAUUUGACUGCCUUACAUUAUCAGAGGAUCUUAAAUCACGACAGGAGGACUAGUUUCUUAAAGAUGUUGAGCAGUUUAUUUACCACUGCCACAAACAGUGCUGCCAUUUGCAAGAGUAGUCUUUGUUUUGAAUCGACUUGCAGUGCUUAGUUGUUAGGCAUUCUUUCUUUUUUUUUUUUAUUUUGGACAAUUUGGCUAUGUUUUCUGUAAUAUAUGCCAAAUCUUUGCUUUACACGCUCUUACCCUUUAUAUGCUCAGCUGGGAUGAUAAUAGUUUUUGUCAGAUUUUUAGAUACUAUGACCCAGAACAUUUACGGUGUCUCUGAGGAUGCUGCCUUCACCUCCAUCUGUUCUGUCAUGUAGAUAUUUGCUGUGUGGAAAUCAUGUUCACUGGUAUGUUUAGGCACAUAAACCAACCCCUCCACUGCCACAGAGUGCUUGCUCUGAGUGUAUGAAUUUAAACUUUAAAGCUGAACACAUAGUAAUCAGCUCUGAUCAGGAGUGGUUAAUGUGUUUAGAUUUUCUGCUUUUUAUUUAAGGAAAACUUUGUUUCCACAGCACUUGCAUUAACCAAUCAGGAUCAGCCAGACUGCCGUCCUUCCCGCGCUCAGUGGAUAAAAUCUCUUGUGCCAUGUUGACUGUGCGACUCCUCUGUAGACUGUAGCUGCGACAUGGAAAGAAGUGUAUUAAAAUGCUUUAUUGUUUUAUUAUUCAUUAGUUUUUUGAGUGAAGUGUGACGUGAGGCUUUCUACUGUUUGAUUGCAGCCACGAUAAGAAAAAAAAAAAAAAAAAGUGAAUGAGCAUUAUAGGAGAAUUUUUAUUUUCAUUUUGGUGAAAAUUUGGGUUGGAGAGGAAAUGCUAUGUUUGUGUUGAUUGCUGCCACUUUUUAAAUUAAAUGACUGUUGUCUGCACUGUGAGUUACCAGUGCAGCUGUUAUUUAUCUUCAUAGUUCAGUCUUUUUACUUAAUAACAGACUCAACCCUCUUUCUGGGACUCUGUGCAAGAUUUAAUGGAGAAUAAACUAAGAUUUGCUUAUUAUUACAAAUCUGCUUAAAAAUUACAGCCAGUAUCCCCCUCAAAAAAAACUCACUGGACUAAUUAGUGUCAGAUUAGAAAUACAAAUUGGUGUAAAAGGAUCAGUCAAAAGAGGCCGAGUCUUUUCCAAAUACAUGCACCCUUUGAUGUUUGCACUAAGAAAAAAAAGGAAUAGAAAAAAAAGUUUUUGGGUCUUUUUUUUAACAAAUGGUUUACAAUACAGUUAAUACUAUAGUAACAAUUAAAUGGUCCAAAUUUUAAAUAAUAAUGGGUUAGCACACGCAUUUAGUAGUACAUACCCAAACCAAUAUAAUAUUUAUAUAAUAUAUAAAAUAUAUAAUAGUGUGUAAUACAGCUAUUGCAACGCCCCCUUAUUUUAUUAAGUUGUUUAGUGCAAUAUGAAUGAUAUAAAAACCUGAGGUAGCUUACUAAGGCAACAACAUGAGUUGGAAUUUUAAGUACUCUAAACAUUUGUUCAGGGCUCUCACUGCUGUCGGGUAAAAAAUGUCCCUCAACCAGUUUACUCCGUUCACUUGAAAAAACAAAGUCUGUUUUUAUGCAAACGAGCAUAAAAUUUGAGAAAUCCUUUUUCUUGCGAUAAUGACAUAAUGUAUUGGUUACUAUAUUGAAAAUUAGUAGUUUGCUCCUAAUUUAAUUGGUAGUUGUGGCAGUCAUCUACAACAAUAAGUUGAGCCAACAUGAAUUAUUCUGUUCACCUUCUGGCGCCAUCUUUCCUGAAGUUUAACAAAGAUCCUCGUGGUUUUUCACCAUAUUUGUGACACCGUUUUCCUAAGAUCACAAGAAAAAUUAUUCCGUUAUCUCUAGAAAAUGCUUAAAAAUGUUCAAGUACAGCCACUUUCGGCUUCCAUAAAAAACUAUUUAAAAAUAACGAUUUAAAUGGUCACAAAGGGGUGGGGUGGGGGGGUGUAUCCUCAAUGCAUAAAACUAAUAUAAUUCUGUAGUGCAUAAAAAAAAAGUUUUAAUUUUAACCUAUUUAUUUAAAAAAGAAAUAAUGCACAUCAGUCAAAAUCAUAAAAAGUUAGAUAUCAAUGUACCCAAGUUAGCCAGAAAGCUAAUUUUCAUCAACAUUUAUUUGCCUAAUACUAAUAGUCUCCUAAUUUAAAAAAAACAUUGAGCAUCAACAUCAAACAAUAAUUAAAUGCCUCUACUUUGUGCUAAACAUACACAAUAAACAAAAAAUAUGGAAGGUAAUUCAUUCAAGAGAAUACAAAUUUCUCUUUAAGUGCUGAAUGUUAAUUAUGAAAAAGCCAUUUCUUCAUAUUGAACUUAAAUAACCAGAUGAGGACAGUCUGAUUAUGGUAGAGAAUUCCACUGAUGUGAUGUUUAAAUGUAAUCUUUCCUUGCAGGAUUAUACUAUCCUCUCCGGCUCCUCCUCACAUCGUUCUGUUUGUAGCAGAUUUAAAAUUAACCAAACAGGCCAGAAAAUAAGGAGUUAAACUAUGCAUAACCCUUUAAAUUAAACAAACACUCUUAAACUUAAUGAAAAUUUCCAAACUUAGCAAGACGAUAUUUAUUGAACAUAUGUGACGGUGAUGAAAACUAAACGGUUUCUGAUCUAAAAUGUCUGGUGAUUGUUUUUUUUUAGAGCCAAGUUUUUUUUAAAGGUUCAACUUGUCCAGCAGAAGUUCAUGUGAGUGAAAGUAGAUCUUUGCUGCCUCCCUUGAAAGGGAGUCUUGAGUAAACUAAUUAAGCUUUAUGGAUUUCUAUUAUGUGACUCUAAUAGGGUAAAGUAUCAUAUAUUUAAACACUACAUCCACAAACAUUAGUUAAAACUCUGCCAUGCAAAGAAAAACAUAUGCAUGACCCCAAAACUGCUGAUUCCUAUAAAAUAGAAAACUGUCCCAAAUUUUAAUUAAGAUGGUGUUUGUCGAGUUAGUUAUCAUCGUUCAUUUAAAAAGGGAAUGUUAAGGCAGCAUGCGAAACUUGUACAUCUUUAAUGUGUGUAUUACAAUAGCUUGUCUCUUAUAUUAGAAGUCCAGCUGCUGAACUGGCCUGCCUGCAGUGCAGAUAUGUCCCCCAUUAAAACAAAUGGAAAAUUAUUAAAUGACAAAUACAAGAAAGGAAGCCCAAAUUGUUGAGCCAGGCACACUGAAGCAAGAUCCAAAUGUAUUUCAUAGAACUAAGUGAAAUAGUGAAUGAAAUAUAUUAAAUAAAACAAUUCAGUAGUUUGCAUUUUACACAGCGUCUCUAAACAGGAUAUUUUACAUGUUUAUGAAACUUUUGACCUAUUUUUGAUUGGUUCAGGUACAUUAAUCGUCUCGUUUCCUUUUCAGUUCAGUUUAUCUUUUUUAAAUAUCUGUGCCUUUCUUCUGCAUUAGUUGCAUAUAUAAAACAUAUCUAAUGAAGAAUGUGUGCUGAUGCUCUUUUAGAGGCUUUUUACUGAAACUCUGUCACACAAUCUUGUUUGCUAGAACAAAAAUGUUUAAUUUUAUGAGUCUGCUAAUCUGUCACACCACAACUUCCGAGCAAAACAAACCUGCCAGAAUGACAAAUAAGAACAAAACUCAAGACGACAGUUUCAAAGAGCAAAAUCUGCAUAAUGAAUUUGAUGUUCCCACAAAUUUUAACAUGUAGGAGACGGCUUGUUGUGUUUUUAUAGUUAAUUUAUGUGCUUUUACAGUCAAGGGGAUUUGUUGAGUAUAAUUAAGUAAAGAAGAAAAUCAUGGCAGUAAUUUUUUCAAACACAAGUUUUAAUCCUAGAGAUAAAAAUGUCAUCCUUCCUUUGCCCUUGCUGUUAACGAGUUGUCACACAGUCUGAUAGUCAUUUAAGAGUCUGUUGAUUCCUGUUUAGAACAAACUCCAUAUUAAAAAGGCUCAUAUGUUGGCUCAUUAGCUUACUGGGGGAAGCAGAGAUGUUGUCACAGCAGCAAGCAAUGUCUGACUUGUGCCCAGAAUAACUAUAGGGAAACACUCUGUGGUUUUAGUGCCUAAAGAUGCCUCUAAAUCACUAAAAAUGCUUUCACUUUAGUGGAAAAUCAUAUAUCCACUGGUAUAUUUGAAAACAUCAACACUAAGAUAACUUUAGGCUGCCACUCAUAAAACACUAAAACACAUUUGUAGGUAUAAAUGUUGAGUUAAUGCUGACAGAUGUUUGAGGACACCUACCACACACUGAAGCUAUGUGCAUCACAUCCUCACUAACCUCCACCUUCUGCUUUCAGCAAAAUAAUUACUUCAUCCUGGGUUGUUUUGCUUUAUAUGUGAACAGAUGCAAAACAAAUUCCUCCAAGUCAUAUCAUUGAAUGCUAGCUUGUCAGGCUUCCUGCUAGGCAAAGCUUCACCACCAACAUAAAACCAAAACUAUUAUCAGUAAUUCUCAAGUGGUUUGAGAUGCACUUUUUUUAUUCUCGAGGUUUUUUCUGUCUUUAAGAAGCUUCUAACAAAAACAGUGUGGUGGAACUAACAACAGUAUUUAUGCUCCUCAUUUACUCAAGAAGUGCCAUAAUCUCUUGUGGAGAAACGUGUGUGUUAUAACAUUUAUGCAAUUUUCCUAAGGCAUGACGUAAGUCUCACAUUGUUUCCCGUGUGCUGCAUGGUAAUGGCUGAUCAAAUAUACAGUGUGGUCCUGCUUUCGUGUGUAAUGUUGGGAAGCAUAUUAUCCUGGGUGUCAAGCAUUUUGUUUACGGUGUGAUCAGCUGAUACUGCCGUCCUCUUGGGGAGACAGCAUUUGGCUUGGCUACAGAAAGGAAACCUGAUUGAUGGACACAACAUUUCAGUGAACUAUUUAGUAUAAUUGGUUCAAGCUGUGUAAUAAUUUAUCUAUGCACCAAACCAGUGAUUUAGCUCAUUUACUGCAAAUCAUGGAUAUUUUACAUAACUUAUAAUUCUUGUGAAAGCCAUGUUACAGUGUUGGAGCAUCAUUUAGAAAUUACAUUCAGUCCAAAACUUUGUUCCCAAAAGGCAACUAGAUUGUCCAAAAACUGAUGAUGUGAUGAUGGCUUCUAAUGGUUUAAUCCAAGUGUGUGUUGUUUUAUUCAAUGCCAUUAAAUAGUAAAAAAAAAAACACCAAUCCAUUGAAUAUGUUCACAUUUGCCUGAUGGAUUGGACUGGGCUGUGAGUCCAU